UGAAUAAUUUCUAUAGAUACACUUAGUGGUAUUUUACAUGUAAUAAUUUGUGAUUUUGAUAUAGGAAGUAUAAAUACGAGGUUCUAAACUUUUGUGACUUCUAUGACAAGUCGAAAAUAUUGAAUUUGGUGAAAAUGUGCAUUUAGGUCAAUGAUGUGGUACCAAUUUCUUGCUGUACUACCACUCUGUUGGCUACCUGGUAUCUCAGGCCACGGUCGGCUCAUUGACCCUCCAUCAAGGUCCUCAAUGUGGAGGUACGGGUUCAAAAACCCUCCAAACUAUGAUGACAAUCAAUUGUACUGUGGCGGGGUGCAGGUGCAAUAUGAGUUGAACGGCGGAAAAUGCGGUGUCUGCGGAGAUCCAUGGAAUGGUCCACGGCCCAACGAACCUCCAGGAAAAUAUGCUAAUGGGAUAAUUGUUCGGAAGUACUCUCCUGGAGAGGUGAUUACAGUUGUUAUAGAACUAACAGCUAACCAUAAAGGCUGGAUGGAAUUCAAAAUAUGUCCCAAUGAUGACCCGUUGAAAACUGUAACUCAGGAGUGCUUGGAUAGAUAUGUUCUGCCGUUAGCAGAGACUAGAUCUCGAAAAUACCAUGUCCCAAAUAAAAAUGGCUACCAAAAAUUGAGAAUAAAACUAAAGCUUCCACAGAACGUCAAAUGCAAAGCAUGCCUCUUUCAGUGGAUGUACAAUGCUGGAAAUAGUUGGGGAACUGAUAAAGUGACUGGAAGAGGUUGUGUCGGUUGCGGAAACCAAGAACAAUUUUACGGUUGCGCAGACAUUGCAAUCGGAUAUGACGACAUUAGGAUAAGUUCCCAUAAGCGGCUUCCGGCGGAUGAAGAUGAAGAUCCGAAUGAAGACUAUGAUAAUGUUCCAGAAAUAAAUGAGUGGCAUUGGACAGCAAAACCAAGUAUAACCCCUGAGUGGGAAACAAGCACUGAUAAACAAAUACAAACUAUUCAUAAAGAUUCUCAGUCUUUCAGUUUUAUGCCUGUGAUGAAUAACAAUGGAAUGAAUCCUUGUAUGUGUGUUUGUAAAAGGGCGCCAUUGAAAAUGAAUGGCGGUAAAAAAGAUAGCAUAGAGGUAAAAUUCUUUGAUGGUUUGGAGGGACAAGACAAUCAAGUGUGCAUGUGUAUGUGUCAAAAUAGUGCCAGCAACUAUAGCUUUUCAUUCUUGUUUAUAUUAUGUGCUGUUAUAAUAACUCGUGCUUUAAAAAUGGCACAUUAAUGUUAUUUACCUUUAAUAUAUGAAAAAAAGGUGUGUGAGUCAUAUGGGCUGUAAGGACAGCUUUAAAGCAUAAGGAUAUUCUGUAAAAUAUGUGUGUAACACAUUGGCGAAGACAGCGACUGGUGCACUGUCAAAAGCUGUCUGUCUCAGAUUCGUAACCGAUGUAUCGCUGGUUUGAAUUACGUCGGAAAUGGAACUCCGCCACCGUCUCCACAGUGACUCCUUUACCAACACUUGAGCACUGUGCAGUUGUCAAGGAAGCAGUCAUCGAAGUGUCUACAGUACAUGUUUAACACAUACAUAAUGAGCCAUAAUGUUUAUGUUUUGAAGAUACUUACUAAAUCAUACAUAAAUCAUGUCAAUAUUCAAAGCUCUAAUACUUCACAAAUGUCUCCAGUAUGUUUUUGUCUCAUUCAACAUUUAUAACAACAGUUUUUACUAUUUGAGCAUAUCUGAUUAUUGCAAAGGUCUUAACCUUUCCUUGGCAUUUUGGGGAAUGCUAUUGGUUUAUGCAUGUAAUAGAAUAUAAGCUUUUGUAAAGAUUUUUUUUUAUCAUUGGUCACAUGAGCAUUGCAUUUUUGCAAAUUGAACAUCUAUAUGACCAUGAUUAAAACACUUCAUUUUACGACCGAAGAUUGGUCAUUAUACACGUAUAAAAGUAAUUCUGUACCUUAAAUAUUAUUAAAUAAAUGUAUAUUCUAUUUUCGUUCUACAAGUAUAAUUUUAUUGUUAUGAAUACAUACAUGCUAAGUGUCUUGGUAUAAACAGGUUCAUGGAAUGUGCUUGUCAAAUAUCCGAAUCAUUUUCUUUAUACCAUUCUAUAUACUACGUGCUUGUUUGAAAUUAGACAUUAUGUUAUAAAGGACACACAUGUGCUGGUUAAAUAGAACAAUUUAAAUAAGCCGCGCCAUGAGAAAAUCAGUAUAGAGCAUUUGUGAUCAGCAUGGAUCCAGACCAGCCAUUCGCGCAGUCUGGUCAGGAUCCAUGCUGUUCGCUUUCAAAGCCUAUUGCAAUUAGAGAAACCGUUAGACAACAGCAUGUAUCCUGACCAGACUGCGCGAAUGCGCAGACUGGUCUGGAUGCAGGCUGGUCGCAAACGCACUAUGUUGGUUUUCUCAUGGCGCGGCUCAUUAUUAGUUUUAGCAUGCUCCUUGUCUUCUCGAAAUUUAAUUGAAACAUUAUUUUAGUAACAACCAUACGCAAAUAGUUUAUUUUAAAUGCGUUGAUUUUACAACAACAUUCCACAUUUACAAUGCUCUGUAAAACAUUUUUUACAAAUAUAUAAAGUAUAUAUCUAAAAGACAUUUUUAUUUACAAAAAGAUGUUUAGAAAGUAAUUUCGAUUUUUUUAUUUAACAGUAACUAUAUUUAAUCAGUUUACAACAUUGAAUAUACUGUAAAAUUAGAAGAAACAGUAGUCAGUUGCAAAUUGGCAAAAACUUUUGAAAAAAAUGCACAAAUGAUCAAUUUCUAUGUCCACUGUCGUUGUUAAGCGGCUAAGUUUUUCAUUUUUCAAUAAAUACAUUUAGUUAAAUGAACAAAAUUGCGCGUCUUUCGGCAUAUUCCCGCCACUCUGUUAUGCAAUAGAUACGCCUGCUUUGUGAAUAAUAGCAUGAUAAUUAUUGUUUAUUUUGAAUAUUCUUACUUUCUGCGUCAUCAUAAGACUUCGGUUCAUGAUGAUUAAUUUGAUAGAGGAUAAUUGUUUGAUUUUCUAAAAUAUGGAAUAUGUCUCGCCGAGACUGAUUGAGAUCAUAAGCUUGUUUAUGUUAUGCUCAUUGAUGAAAAACGAGCAAAGAAAUAAACACUACAUGUCGUUUCAUUCACAGCGUUUCAUUCACUGUAGCAUCAAUUUUCAUAAAAUAUUGCACGUUUUUAAGUUCCAUUAUUAGCUUGUUUUGUUUUCAUGUUUUGCUUCAAAUUACCGUGAAUGAUUAUAAUAAAUCCAGUUAAACAUGUAUAUAAAUGUCACUUAGUUGUCUUUUUGUGCAAGCCAUUGUCACAUAUAAGCCAUCAAGAAGAACCGCCUUGUUGAAUUUUUCAAAUUUUGUUUAAGCUGUUUGUAAUCACAUGUCGUUAAUCCGGCACCUGGCGUUAAUCGACUGUACCCAAUGUGCUUUAUCUAAAAUCUAAAGUACAAAUUUGAUUCUUUUCCCAUAUAUACAAGACUGGUCAAUGUGUCGCAAUUCUUUUACAUUUAAAGGCUGUUGACAGCCUCCAUACCACACAGAAUUAGAGGGAUUAAAUCGUUGAAAAUGAUUAGUGUCCAGAUAGAUGACCAUCUUUUGACCAAAAGAAGAAGAAAAAACCAGCUAGAAUACAUGGCAUAAACGAUAAAAAUACCGUUCCAUCAAUGAGAUGACAUUUAAUGUUAGCCAAGACGGCAGAUAUAGAAAUCAAUAUGUCCUGUUUGACACUAUUUUCUUUUUAUAUAUUAUUUAUUGGUCAAAUUAUUUUGGUGGAUGCAUGAAGAUUGUGUUAAGAUUACUGCUCAAAUUAAUUAAUUUACUUUCUGACUACAUGUAUAAAUUGAUAAAAGUGAAAUAAAUAA